GACGUCACUUCCUCUUUUCCCUCCUUUCUCCGAGAUUCUGUCGACUGUGUGACCCGCGUGUUUACACUCUCCCAGAUGAAGGAGUCGAUAAUGAACCAGGAGAAGCUUGCCAAACUGCAGGCGCAGGUCCGCAUAGGCGGCAAGGGGUCAGCGCGCAGAAAGAAGAAGGUUGUGCACAGAACAGCAACAGCAGACGACAAAAAGCUGCAGUUCUCCCUGAAGAAGCUGGGAGUCAACAACAUCUCUGGCAUCGAGGAGGUGAAUAUGUUCACAACCCAGGGGACAGUGAUCCAUUUCAACAACCCAAAGGUUCAGGCCUCCUUGGCUGCCAACACUUUUACAAUCACAGGCCACGCUGAGAACAAACAGCUCACAGAGAUGCUCCCAGGAAUCCUCAACCAGCUGGGAGCCGACAGUCUCACCAGCCUCAGGAGAUUAGCAGAGACUCUGCCCAAACCAGCCGGUGAGAACAAAGCCCCCAUGGUUGCUGCUGAAGAGGAGGACGAUGAGGUUCCAGAUCUUGUCGAGAACUUUGACGAGGCUUCUAAGGACGAGGCAAACUAAAAAAAAAACACCAGCAGAUAUUUCGGAGCUCCUCUUGACUCACCACGAUUUGGCUCAGCGGCAUCCCGUUCAUCUGUUGUUGCUCUGUGGCUACAAACACAAGUUGCUUUUUAAUUGUAACUGAAACAAGUGGACUAAAACGAGUAAAAAAAAUCAACUGUUUUUUAUAGAAACCGGCUACGUACACAUCUAUCUUGUCAUGCAGUGCACGUGAAGUUAUUUAAUUCAGCAGAACAAUGUGCAAAUCCUCCUCUUCCUCACGCUGCCUCUCCUGUAUUAUCACGCCACACGUCAGAAAUGUAUCGGUGGAAUGAAUCAUGUAAUAAAGAUUAAAAUUACAUUUCUCA